AUGAGGCGCUUCGUGCUCGUCUCCGUCGCCGUCGCCGCUCUAUGCCUUCUCGCGACGUUGCCCGUAAAAUCAGCCUACCCGUCACAGCAAGGCCUCGAAAAGCUUACAGCGGGGCUGCGGAGCAACAAGUAUUACAGGGGCUUUCAGGAGAAGCUGAGGCAGCUCCAAAUGAACCGGAUGCGGAUCGAAGCUAAGAACUACGUGACGAAGCAAUCCGCGGACAAAAUGGCCAGCUACACUAAGAUGCGAACGGCCAUAAUGUGUGUCAUGAGGGGAAGGGACUCCAAGGGUAACCAGAUCGGGGAGGAUCAUGCCUUUGGAUUCUUCUUCAUCUUCCUUUUCAAGAGAGACGACGGGGAUCAUGACGGCUACUACGGGGGCUUCGUCAAGCUUAAGGAGCCCGAGGUCCCCAUUGCAGCCGUUAUCAACACCGGCUACGAGGGUGAAGACGGGUCUACAGUGAUCGAUUUCGGCGCCGAAGUCACCUGGUACAACGCGUCGCGGUCCCAAAGCUUCGGAAUCAUCUCGUGGUUCCCGAAAUCGCCCGCUCCGCUCGGUUACAACUACGUGUUUAGCGGGUCGUGGGUCGGAAUGAGCGCGCUGACUGCUGCUGAUGGCUCGGUACUGACCGAUGCAGUAUUGGCCAUUGCGAAGAAGACUCAGGCGCAUUAUGGCGCCGUGGCGAAUAGCAAUUUCCCCAGCGGUGCUGUUCGCGGCCAAUGCGGGAUCGACACGUCAGGAAUUGGCGGGUAA